UAUACACUCUUCAUUUUGCCUGCUGUAGUAACAGUCUUUUGUGACAGGAAGUGAACACUGCAUAGUGAACUGUCUAAAAAAACAUAAUUUCAACAUCUAAAAUGCCACAGGUAUCGAAGAUCAUUCUCCUGCUGUUAUUUGGACAACAUGUCUACUCUCAGGAGGAAUGUGCAAAAUCAUUGGUGGUGACAUGUAAUGACUGCAUUAAGUCUGGACCAGGAUGCACUUGGUGCCAGGACUUGAAUUUCACCAAGCCUGGAGAGCCGGAAGCAGUACGAUGUGACACAGAGAGCAACCUUCUAAAAAAAGGCUGCCCAGAGAAAAAGAUAAUCAACCCACCCAGUGACUUAAGAAACAUUCGGAACAAACCACUGACAAGCACAACAGACAAGACUAAAAAUGCAGUUCAGUUGCAGCCACAAGAAAUUGAACUCAAUUUACGACCAGGACAUGCCUAUGCCUUUGAUCUCAAAUUUAAAAGGGCAGAGGGUUACCCUGUUGAUUUGUACUAUCUGAUGGAUUUGUCCUACUCAAUGGGUGAUGACUUGAAUAAUGUGAAAAGCCUGGGAAUAAAGAUACUUGAAAACUUGCAGCGCAUUACUGGAAAUGCAAGGAUAGGCUUUGGCUCAUUUGUAGAUAAAACAGUUCUUCCAUUCACGGACACAUCCGAAGAGAAGUUAAAAAAGCCUUGUCCGGCCUCUGAAGUGAAAUGUCAGCCGGCAUUUGGCUUUCAGCAUGUACUCAGUCUGACACAGGAUGUGAAAAAAUUCAAUGAUUUGGUCUCUCAACAGAAUAUAUCUGGGAACUUGGACAUCCCAGAGGGAGGUCUUGAUGCCAUGAUGCAAGUUAUCACCUGUGUGGAUAAGAUUGGCUGGGGAAACAGCACACGGCUGCUGGUGCUGGCCACUGAUGCUGGCUUCCACAUGGCAGGUGAUGGGAAACUUGCUGGGAUUCUGGAACCCAACCAAGAGACUUGUCAGCUAGAUACUCGCAACAUGUAUAGCAAGAGCAACACUUGGGAUUAUCCAUCUGUUGGUCAGAUUGCCAGGAAUUUGGAAGCGCAAAAUAUACAGCCUAUUUUUGCUGUAACCGAAGAUGUUUCACAAAUAUAUAAAGAGCUGAGUAAACUAAUUCCUAAAUCAGUAGUUGGAGUACUAAGUAAAGAUUCAAGCAAUGUGGUAAAACUAAUUGAGGAUGCAUACAAUAAACUCUCCUCUAAUAUAAUUGUAACCCAUGAGGGACUCCCAAAAGGCAUAUCAGUAACAUUCACAUCUAACUGUGAAGGUGGACAAAAGAAUAGUUAUAAGGGGAUAUGCAAUAAUGUCGCCAUUGGUAAUGAGGUGACUUUCAAUGUGAUUGUAAAGGCAGACACAUGCCUAGAGAAUGAGACUUUCAACAUAAGUCUAUUGGGGUUCAAUGAAAAACUGCUGGUUUCGGUUAAAACACGAUGCAAGUGUGAGUGCGACAAUCAGGAUGUUGUGCAUGAGUACUGUAAUAAUAAAGGCAAAAUUAGCUGUGGCACAUGCAGUUGUAAUUCUGGUUUCCUGGGGCAGCGGUGUGAGUGCGACUUGGAUAACAAAGAUGAGGCCGCUCUGAAGGAACAGUGCCGCAAAAAAAAUGGGACAGAGUGUGAGGGCCGUGGAGACUGCGAGUGUGGAUUGUGCAAGUGCCACCAAACCGAGGGGGGCAAAACCUAUUACGGUCCUCACUGUGAAUGCGAUGAUGAACAUUGUGAAAAAGACGGCAACAGACUGUGUGGAGGUCGAGGGGAUUGCAGGUGUGGAGAAUGUAAAUGCUAUGAAGGCUAUGAAGGAACAGCCUGUCAGUGCAAGAAAUCUAAUGAAAGUUGCCUGACAGGAGAAACCGUGUGUCAUGGACGUGGUAAAUGUCUGUGCAACAAGUGUGAAUGUCAGGGGUUAUACAGCGGACAUACGUGUGAAACAUGUCUCACGUGCAAACUGCCAUGCCAAGAGUCAGGGAGCUGUGUUGAAUGCAAUGCAUUUGGGACAGGGCCAUUAGAGAAGACCUGCGCAUCAUCCUGCAAACACCUUAAGGUUACAGUAGAGGAAAAACUUUCAAAAAAUCAGUGUCAAGUGAAGGACAGCCUGGGCUGCCGGAUGAUCUUCUCAAUGACUGAACAAGAUGGAUUUGACAAAUAUUUUGUAAAGGUCCUCAAGGACAGAGAAUGUCCUCAGGGGCCAAAUGUUGGACUCAUAGUGGGUGGAUCCCUUGCUGCCGUGGCAUUGAUUGGACUUCUAAUCCUCAUCCUCAUUAAAGCAAUAUUUUAUAUAAAUGACCUCAAAGAGUGGAAGAGGUUUGAAAAGGAAGCACAGCGCCGUCAAUGGGCAAAAAGUGAAAAUCCAUUAUUUCAGAAAGCAACCACAACUGUGGCAAAUCCAGCAUUUACUGGAGACUCCUAAGGUAGUACUGGAUUACUUGAACCAAGUUGUUUAAAAUAAAUCCAUUAAAUGGAUUACACAUUUCUAAUCCAAUACUUUAGCAUGCUCUUCCAGUCCACAUUUUGCACCUUCCUCUGUGCUGGGAAAAUAACACUGUUACUUGAACACCUGAGCACAGUAAUCAGUGUUCUGUAGCCUGUGAUUGCUUCUCAGGGACUUGGAUUGAGAUCCUCUGGGAAUUGUUUUGUGGCUGUGACAUUUUGUAUUUUGCUCAUGUGUUAUUGCUUAUUCAGCAUAUAAAUAUUCAGUGUUUUAAUCGACAUUAUUAAAUUGUUGUUCAGUAUCAGCUCAUUGUAAAUAAUUAACAGCUAUGACUUUUGUAUGAUCUUUUGUGUGUACUUGAAAUUAAUAUUUAAAUAAAGUUUUUGACUUUUA